AUGGGGUUACUAUCAGAAAAGAAAGCGGCCUCCGUGGCGCCGACGUCGUCGUCCAUGGUUACCGUCACCGUCCAAGACUCGACAUCACAAGCCUCAAAAUCGACAGAUGAAACUUCACAGGAAGGCUCAGCAUGGAAGUCGUACUGGAGAGUUUUCACUUAUGCGGGGCCGGUUGAGUAUGUACUCCUGGCCAUCGCCACGGUUACGGCCAUCGCUUCGGGCGUGCUCAUGGCGUCGCAAAACAUCAUCUUUGGGCAGUUCGUCACGGUCUUUACCGACUUUCAGACGGGAAGUUCGUCGGGAGAUCAGUCAUUUAGGAAUGCGGGUGCUCAACUAGCCCUCAUUUACGUCUACUUCGGCAUCGGCCGGUUUGUGGUGGCGUACGUCUACAACUCGCUGCUGACGUACUCGGCCUACCGCAUGGUGCGCAACAUCCGGCACGAGUACCUCAAGUCGGCGCUGCGGCAGGAGGUGGCGUACUUUGACAUUGGCGACGGCGGCUCCAUCGCGACGCAGGCCUACUCCAACGGGCGGCUGAUCCAGAACGGCACGUCGGAGAAGCUCGGGCUGACGAUCCAGGGCGUGUCGGCGUUCGUCAGCGCCUUCGUCAUCGCCUUCCUGACCAACUGGAAGCUGACGCUGAUCGUGUGCGGGGUGGCGCCGCUGUGCGUCAUCUUCAUGGCCGUCGUGUCCUUCAUCGAGGCCGGGUACGAGACCAAGGUGCUCGAGAAGCACGCGCAGGCCAACGCAUACGCGGAGGGGGUGCUGGGCAGCGUGCGGACGGUGCACGCCUUUGAGAUGCGCGAGCGGCUGGUGGCCAAGUUUGACGAGUUCCUGUGCGAGGCGCACCGCUGGGGCGACAAGAUCUCGUUCCUCUUCGGCGUCCUGUUCUCGGCCGAGUACACCAUCGUCUACCUGGGCUACGGGCUCGCCUUCUGGCAGGGCCUCCGCAUGCUGUCCACCGGCGAGGUCAGGGACAGCGGAGACGUCUUCACCGUGCUGCUGUCCGUCAUCAUCGCCGCCCUCAGCCUGACCCAGAUCGCCCCCUACAGCAUCGAGUUCACCCGCGCCGCCUCCGCCGCCGCUCAGCUGUUUGCUCUCAUCGACCGCAAGAGCGUCAUCGACCCGCUCGACCCGAGCGGCCUGAAGCCCGAGGUGAACCAGGGCGUCGUGGAGCUCGAGGGCGUCAACUUUUCCUACCCGACCAGGCCCGGCGUCACCGUGCUGGACAACUUUACGCUGACGGCGCCGGCCGGCAAGAUCACUGCUCUGGUCGGGCCUAGCGGUUCUGGCAAGAGCACCAUCGUUGGCCUGCUGGAGAGGUGGUAUAACCCGAACAAGGGCACCAUAAAGCUGGACGGGCGGCCGAUCGAGACGUUGAAUCUGAACUGGUUGAGGCAGAAUGUGCGGUUGGUGCAGCAGGAACCUGUGCUCUUCCGCGGCUCGGUGUUUGACAACAUCGCCCACGGUCUUGUCGGAACCCCCUGGGAGACGGCGCCCAGGGAGGAACAGAUGCGUCGGGUGCAGGAAGCCGCCAAGAUCGCAUUCGCGCACGACUUUGUGUCGGAGCUCCCCGAGGGCUACGACACCGAGAUUGGCCAGCGCGGCGGUCUGCUGUCGGGCGGGCAGAAGCAGCGCAUCGCCAUCGCGCGCUCGGUGGUGUCUCAGCCAAAGGUGCUCCUCCUGGACGAGGCCACCAGCGCCCUGGACCCGCACGCCGAGGGCAUCGUGCAGCAGGCGCUGGACAAGGCGGCGGUGGGCAGGACGACCAUCGUGAUCGCGCACAAGCUCGCGACCAUCCGCAAGGCCGACAACAUCGUGGUCAUGACCAAGGGCCGCAUCGUCGAGCAGGGCACGCACGAGAGCCUGAUCGAGCAGGACGGCACCUACGCCAGGCUCGUCAAGAUCCAGCAGCUCACCACCAGCGCCAACCAGAGCCACUCGGAGACGGACAGCGGCGAGGAGGAGGGGGAGGAGGAGGACACCAUCAACGCCGAGGGCGAGGACGACAUCGUCAGGCAGGCCAAGUCGCUCACCAAGUACCCCACCGCCGCGCAGGAGCGGAUCCAGGCCCAGCUCAGGAGGGACGACUACGAGAACCACAAGCAGUUUGGCUUCAUCACCACGGUCCUCCGCAUGGUCAGGGAGACGCCCGGUCUGUGGUUCUCCAUGCUCGCCGUCCUGGGCGCCUGCGUCGUGGCCUGCGCCCUCUUCCCCGCCCAAGCCAUCCUCAUGGCGUACAUGGUCGAGGUCUUCACGCUCCCCGUCGACCAGAUGCUGACGCGGGGCAACUUCCUGUCCUCCAUGUUCGUCGUCCUGGCCGCCGGCUGCCUCGUCUUCUACUACAUCCUGGGCUACUACACCAACGUCGUCGGCCAGACCCUGACCCACAAGCUGCGCCGCGACAUCUUCCAGCAGAUCCUGCGCCAGGACCUGCAGUUCUUCGACCGGCCCGAGAACAACAUCGGCGCCCUGGCCAGCCGCGUCGACUCCCACCCGCAGUCCGUCUUUGAGCUCAUGAGCCUCAACAUCGGCCUCAUCACCACCGCCGCCCUGAACAUCGCCUCGUGCAGCGUCCUCGGCAUCGUCUUCAGCUGGAAGCUCGGCCUCGUCAUCGUCCUGGCCGGCCUGCCCGUCGUCGUCGGCUGCGGCUUUUUGAAGAUGCGCUUCGACGCCAAGCUGGACCGCGAGACCGCCGGACGCCUGUCCACCAGCUCCGCCAUCGCCUCCGAGUCCGUCACCGCCAUCCGCACCGUCUCCUCCCUCGCCAUUGAGAGCUCCGUGCUGGCCAAGUACACCCAGGAGCUCGACAACGCCGUCAACUCGUCAAAGAGACCGCUGGCGAGCAUGAUGGUCUGGUUCGCCGCCACACAGGGCGUCGAGUUCUGGUUCAUGGCUCUCGGUUUCUGGUACGGCACCAGGCUGGUGGCGGACCGCGAGAUCACCCUGUUCCAGUUCUUUGUGUCCUUUAUGUCGGUGUUUUUCUCGGCCCAGGCCACGUCGCAAAUCUUCCAAUUCUCAACCAGCAUGACAAAGGGCAUGAACGGCGCCAACUACAUCUUCUGGCUGACUGGCAUCCAACCCACCGUGUCGCCCACGCCCGAUAACAAAGACCGCGCCCCUCGCGCCGGCGGCCCCAUCGAGCUCCACGACGUCCGCUUCUCCUACCCCCUCCGGCCCGAGGCCACCGUGCUCAAGGACGUAUCGCUCGAGAUCAAGCGCGGCCAGUUUGUGGCCCUGGUCGGCGCGUCCGGGUGCGGCAAGUCGACCAUAAUCGCCAUGCUGGAGCGCUUCUACGACCCGACGACGGGCAGCAUCCGCGUAGGCGGGGACCCGCUGACGGAGCUGAACCCGCGGCUGUACCGGCGGGUCGUGGCGCUGGUGCAGCAGGAGCCGACGCUGUUCCAGGGCUCGAUCCGGGAGAACAUUGCGCUGGGCAUCGACGGCGGGGAGGGGGAGUCGACGCCGCCGGACGACGCCGCCAUCGAGCGCGCCCUCCGCGCCGCCAACGCCUGGGAUUUCGUCUCGUCGCUGCCCGACGGCCUCGGCACCGCCGCCGGGUCCAACGGCACCCAGCUCUCGGGCGGCCAGAGGCAGCGCAUCGCCAUCGCCCGCGCCCUCAUCCGCGACCCCAAGAUCCUGCUGCUCGACGAGGCCACCAGCGCCCUCGACACCGAAAGCGAAAAGAUCGUCCAGGAGGCCCUCGGCGAGGCCGCCAAGUCGGGCGAUCGCAUCACCGUCGCCGUCGCUCAUCGCCUCAGCACCAUCAAGGACGCCGAUGUCAUUUGCGUCUUCUUUGGUGGGAGGAUCGUCGAGAUGGGCACCCACCAGGAGUUGGUUUCACUUGGUGGCAUGUAUUUGAAGAUGUGCGAGGCACAGAGUUUGGAAUAG